AUGAAGGGGCACAUACUUCCGGUUUACUUGCUGCCGCUGCUGUCUGUUUUCUUGAUUCAACAAGUUUCUUCUCAAGAUUUAUCAAGCUGUGCAGGGAGAUGUGGGGAAGGGUAUUCUAGAGAUGCUGCCUGCAACUGUGAUUAUAACUGCCAAUACUACAUGGAGUGCUGCCCUGACUUCAAGAAAGUCUGCACUGUGGAGCUUUCCUGUAAAGGGCGCUGCUUCGAGUCUUUUAUGCGAGGGAGAGAAUGUGAUUGCGACGCAGAAUGUAAGAAGUAUGGCAAGUGCUGCCCCGAUUACAAGACUUUCUGUGAAGAACUGCAUAACCCCACAUCACCACCAUCUGCAAAGACUGUACCUCCGGCUCCAGCAGCAUCUCACCCCAUCAAAUCAACCACCAAACGUUCACCUAAAUCACCAAACAAGAAGAAGACUAAGAAAGUUAUAGAAUCAGAGGAAAUAACAAAAGAACACUCUGUUUCUGAAAAUCAAGAGUCCUCCUCCUCCUCUUCCUCUUCCUCUUCGAGUAUUCGGAAAAUCAAGUCUUCCAAAAAUUCAGCUGCUAAGUCAGAAUUAAAGAAGAAACCCAAAGCAAAAGAUAACAAGAAAAGAACUCCUAAAAAGACACUGACACCAGAACCACCAGUUGUAGACGAAGCUGGAAGUGGACUGGAUAAUGGAGAUUUCAAGCUCACUCCAACUCCUUACAUUUCUACCACCCAGCCCAAGAAAGUUACAUCUCCCAAGAUUACGACAGCAAAACCAAUAAGUCCUAAACCCAGUCUUCCACCUAAUCCUACUACAAGCACUGCUAAGGUUACAUCCAAGGAGACAUCUUCAAUAGCCGAUAAAAAGACAACAGUAAAUACUAAAGAGACUCUUACAACAAAUAAACAGACUUCAACUCGUACAAAAGAGAAUACGACUUCAGUUAAAGAGACACAAAGUGCAGAGAAAACAUCUGAAGAUUUUGCACCCACAUCUGAAGUGCCUGCUAAACCAACUUUCAAAGCUGAAACUACAACCAAAGCCUCUGCUCUCACUACCACAAAGGAAUCCCCACCCACCACCAAGACAGCUCCCACAACCUCCAAAGAGCCUGCUCCCACCCCCUCCAAGGAGUCCAUGACCACCUCCUCCAAGGACCCCGUACCCACUACCCCCAAGGAACCAGUAACCACCACCACUAAAGAACCUGCGACCACCUCCAAGAAGCCUGUGAUCACCACCAAGAAGCCCAUAACCACCACUCCCAAGGAGCCUGUACCCACCAACCCCAAGGAGCUCAUAACCACCCCCCAGGAGGCUGCACCCACCCCCCCCAAAGAGCCUGUGCCCACCCCUCCCAAGGAGCCCGUGCCCACCACCAAGGAGCCCACGCCCACCACCCCCAAGGAGGCCGCAAACACCACCCCCGAGGAGCCCACACCCACCACACCUGAGGAGGCCGCAAACACAACCCCCAAGAAGCCCGCGCCCACCACCCCCAAAGAGGCCGCAAACACCACCCCUGAGGAGCCCAAGCCCACCACCCCCAAGGAGGCCGCAAACACCACCCCCGAGGAGCCUGAGCCCACCAUACCUGAGGAGGCCGCAAACACAACCCCCAAGAAGCCCGCGCCCACCACCCCUGAGAAGCCUGCACCCACCACCCCCGAGGAGGCCGCAAACACCACCCCCGAGGAGCCCACGCCCACCACCCCCAAGGAGGCCGCAAACACCACCCCCGAGGAGCCNGAGCCCACCACACCUGAGGAGGCCGCAAACACAACCCCCAAGAAGCCCGCGCCCACCACCCCCGAGGAGCCCGAGCCCACCACACCUGAGGAGGCUGCAAACACAACCCCCAAGAAGCCCGCGCCCACCACCCCCAAGGAGGCCACAAACACCACCCCCGAGGAGCCUGAGCCCACCACACCUGAGGAGGCCGCAAACACAACCCCCAAGAAGCCCACGCCCACCACCCCCAAGGAGCCCGAGCCCACCACCCCCAAGAAGCCCAUGACUACCACUCCCAAGGAGCCUGCAACCACCACUACUAAGAAGCCCAUACCCACCACCCCCAAGGAGUUAGCAACCACCACUCCCAAAGGGCCAGUGACCACCACCACCAAGGAACCUAUACCUACUACUCCCACAGAGACUGCACCCACUACCCUGGAGGAGCUUGCUCCCACCACACCCGAGGAAGCUAAUCCUACCACCCCUCAGGAACCCACUCCAACUACUCCUGAAACACCUGCUCCAACCACUUCUGAGUCUUCUACUCCAACUACUACUAUGAAGCCUUCCUCUACUCCCAAGAUUCCUGCUAAACCAACUCCUGAGUUACCUGUAGAACCCAUACCAAAGUCUCUUGAAAACAAUCCCAAGGACCCUGCUGUAUCUACAACCAAGGCUCCUAAAGUGACCAAACCUGAAAUAACUACAACACCUGAAAUUACAACUACUGCUCCUAAGACAACAACACUUAAAGCAACUACUACUGCACCCAAAGUAACUACUGCAACAAAAAAGACAAUGAGUACACCUAAGGAGACUACAGAGAAACCUGAAGAAACAACAGCGAGACCAAAAGAUACAGCUAAUUCUAAAGUGACAACUUCUAAACCUCAAAAGCCAACCAAAGCACCCAAAAAGCCCCCUUGUACCAAAAAGCCAAACACAAAACCUAGAGUGAGAAAGCCAAAGACUACACCAACUCCCUCAAAGAUGACUACGUCAACACCUAAACUGAGCCCUACCUCUUUAGCUGAAGCCAUCACCAGCCCUAACCAAGCCUCAAACUCAGAAAUAGUUGAAGUAAAUCCAAAGAAUGACAAUGUAAAUGCUGCCGAAGGAGAAAAAGCUCAUAUGGUUCCCAAGCCCCCUGUGUUAAGUCCUCCAGUUAUUUCAGGCAUUGAUUCCUUAGUGAACGGACCCCAUCAAGGUAUUAGCACCAAUCCUAUGCUUUCAGAUGAAACUAACUUAUGCAAUGGUAAGCCAGUAGAUGGAUUGACUACCUUGCGCAAUGGGACGUUAGUUGCAUUUCGAGGUCAUUAUUUCUGGAUGCUAAAUCCACUCACUCCACCCUCUCCACCUCGAAGAAUUACUGAAGUUUGGGGUAUUCCCUCCCCUAUUGAUACUGUUUUUACUAGAUGCAACUGUGAUGGAAAAACUUUUUUCUUUAAGGAUUCUCAGUACUGGCGUUUCACCAAUGAUAUUAAAGAUGCAGGGUAUCCCAAACAAAUUGUAAAAGGAUUUGGAGGACUAACUGGAAAAAUAGUGGCAGCUCUUUCAAUAGCCAAAUACAAAAAUAGGCCUGAAUCUGUGUAUUUUUUCAAAAGAGGUGGUGGCAUUCAGCAGUAUACGUAUAAACUGGAACCCACCAGAAAGUGUACUGGAAGAAGGCCUGUGAUCAAUUAUCCAGUGUAUGGAGAAAUGACACAGGUUAGGCGACGUCGCUUUGAGAGAGCUAUAGGACCUUCUCAAACACACACCAUCAGAAUUCACUAUACUCCUGUCAGAGUCACUUACCAAGACAAAGGUUUUCUCCAUAAUGAAGUUAAAGUAAGUACACUGUGGAGAGGACUUCCAAAUUUGGUUACCUCAGCUAUAUCACUGCCCAACAUCAGGAAACCUGACGGCUAUGAUUACUAUGCCUUUUCUAAAGAUCAAUACUAUAACAUCGAUGUACCUAAUAGAACAGCAAGAGCAAUUACUACUCGUUCUGGGCAGACUCUAUCCAAAGUGUGGUACAACUGCCCUUAG